AUGUCAGGCCCAGCAUCCUCCUCCCCAUCAUCAUCAUCACCUACAGUAGAAGCAUCUCCAGCAGCAACAGCAGCAGACGCUCCACCACUGUCUUUCAACUUUCCAUAUGGUGCUCAGCCCGAUAUUAUUCGCGCUAAUCAAAAGGAUGUGUAUUAUCAAUCCAUUUUGCAAGAGCAAAUGACUCGAGUCGCUCAACAAUUCUUGGGAGCUAGACGCCAACAUGUUUGGCAAAAGGAAAUCAACACCAUUUCAGACAUUUGCUAUUAUGGAUUGACAACAUUGUUGGGUACGCAGACAUUGGGCGAAGAGUAUUGUGAUAUCGUUCAGAUCAAUCAAUACAACCAAACAUAUCCUGGACUUGCGCGCCGUUUCUUGCUCGUUUUUACGCAAGCUGUGUUGCCUUACAUCUAUACCCGAGGAGCAGCUGAAUUGAAAAAGAGAGGGCGAGUUCAACAACAACAACAACAACAGCUAGAUAUCGACACAUCAGCACAAUCAUUACAACAGCGCACACUAAAUUUCUUGAAGCAGCAUCUAUCUCAAAUCCAAGAUUUUGUCGUAAAGAAUGUUCGGCCCGUCCACUUGGCCAUCUUUUAUUUUUUUGGUGCCUAUUACAAUUUCUCCAAACGAUUGACCGGUAUUCGAUAUAUCUUUACUCGCCAAUUAGGACUCCAUGAACAAAGAGUGGGCUAUGAAGUCUUGGGCGUUUUGAUUGUCCUUCAAUUGAUGAUCCAAGGCUAUUUGACAGCUCGAAAGCGUAUUCAAGCUGCGGCACAGCUGAAGAAGGAGGAAAGUGAGAAACUGUUAGUGGCACAGCAACAAGAGCAACAGCAUUCCGAAGCCGAAGAUGCGGAAGAAAAGGAGAUUGUAGAUGAAGAUGAUUUUGAUUUUAUGGAUUCUGUUUUAGAGGAGGAUGAAAAGGACGAGCCGCAACAAGAGCUGACGUAUGAGCAAUUGCAAAUGCUGAAAUGUGCACUGUGCCUGGAGCAACGUACAGUAACCACAACGACGCCCUGUGGUCACUUGUUUUGUUGGAAUUGUAUUGUAGAAUGGUGUCAAAACAAGCCUGAAUGUCCAUUGUGCCGCAGUCAUGUUAAUAUCUCUCAUUUAGUGCCAUUAAACAACUUUUAG